AUGGCUUUUAAUAAAAGGAACGGCGGCCCGCCUUUUGGUGGAUUAUCCCAGGCCAAACGGGGUAAAAUGUCCGGGGAGUGGGAAGACAGCCCUUCCCAGUUUGAAGAGGAACUGUUGAUGCUUGAAGAGGCAGAGAUGGAGUUGGAGGAAAUGGAGAGUCAGGCAGGACAUGAUGUCAUUCCAGUGGGUGACCUUUUUUCAGCCGACCUUAACCCUCGCUGGCCACGGCCUCACGCCCCCACGCUGAACCCAUCUUCAGAAACUUUGGUGUUCCAGCAGAUUGAUCUUGAUCACUAUCUAGGUGCAUCGGUGGCAGGAAUGCCUGGCCAGUUGCAAGAAAAAGUACCAAUCAUUAGGAUGUUUGGCGUGACCGACAAUGGCAACAGUGUGUGCUGCCAUGUUCAUGGGUUUGCACCUUACUUCUAUGUUCCUGCACCAAAUGGGUUCAAAUCUGAAUUUUUGGGUGAGUUUAAGAGAGAACUGAACUCUGCUGUCCUGAAAGACAUGCGCUCCAAUAAAGACAACAUUUCGGUCACGGUGUUGGCUGUGGACAUCACCCGAAAAGAGAACAUGUAUGGUUACCACGGGCAACAGAGUAUGGAUUUCCUGAGGAUCACCAUGGCGAUGCCUCGUCUCAUUGCGCCUGCAAAGAGACUUCUGGAGCAGGGCUUUAAAUUUGGACAUUUUCCCAUCCAGGGAUACCAAUCCUUCGAAGCCAACAUAGACUUUGAAAUCAGGUUUAUGGUGGACAGCAAUGUGGUUGGAUGCUGCUGGAUUGAACUCCCUAAAGACAAAUGGAGGUUGAGGGAAGAGAGGAGCACAAGCACAGGAGAAGUGGACUCUCAGACUCCAGUCAAAGUGUCUCUGUGUCAGUAUGAAGUGGAUGUCGCCUGGACAGAUUUGAUAAGUCACCCAGCAGAAGGGGAAUGGCAGAGGAUUGCACCACUUCGAGUCCUCAGUUUUGACAUAGAAUGUGCUGGAAGGAAAGGGAUCUUUCCUGAACCGGAUAAAGAUCCCGUGAUUCAGAUAGCAUCUAUGGUGCAGCGGCAGGGUGAGACGGAGCCGUUUAUUCGCACCGUGUUCACUCUUCAGUCCUGCACUAGCAUCGUCGGCUCCCAGAUCCUGUGCUUCACUCAGGAGAAGCAGCUUCUUCAGAGCUGGGCUGAAUUUUUGCGGACGGUGGACCCAGAUAUCAUAACUGGAUACAACAUCCAGAACUUCGACUUUCCGUAUCUUAUCAACAGGGCAGCAGCUCUGAAGGUGACUUACUUUCCAUACUUGGGCCGAGUGCGAAACAUGAAGUCAGUUCUGAAGGAGUCGAACUUCCAGAGCAAACAGAUGGGCCGCAGAGAGAACAAGACCAUCAACAUGGAAGGCCGAGUUCAGUUCGAUCUGUUACAGGUUCUCCUUAGAGAUUACAAGUUGCGUUCCUACACUCUAAAUGCUGUGAGUUUCCAUUUUCUGCAAGAACAGAAGGAGGAUGUGCAGCACUCCAUCAUCUCUGAUCUGCAGAAUGGAAACGAGCAAACGCGGCGCCGUCUGGCAGUCUACUGCCUGAAAGACGCGUACCUCCCGCUGCGCCUCCUGCAGAAGCUGAUGUGUGUGAUCAACUACAUGGAGAUGGCCAGAGUGACGGGUGUGCCGCUCAGUUACCUGCUCUCCAGAGGGCAGCAGAUCAAAGUCGUCUCUCAGCUGCUGCGACAAGCCAUGAAACAGAAUCUGGUCAUGCCUGUGGUGAAGACCGAAGGAGGAGAGGACUACACUGGAGCAACUGUCAUCGAACCAGAAAAAGGAUACUACAGCGUCCCCAUCACCACCCUGGACUUCUCCUCCUUGUAUCCGUCCAUCAUGAUGGCUCAUAACCUUUGCUACACCACCCUGCUGCAGAAAGGAUCCGUAGAGCGACUGCAGUUGUCAUCUGAGGAUUUCAUCAAGACCCCAACAGGUGACCAAUUUGUGAAAAGUUCUGUGAGGAAGGGACUUCUUCCGGAAAUCCUGGAGAACCUGCUGUCUGCCAGAAAGAGGGCCAAAGCAGAGUUAAAGAAGGAAACCGACCCUUUUAAGAAGCAGGUGCUGGAUGGCCGACAGCUGGCCCUAAAAAUCAGUGCCAACUCUGUUUAUGGCUUCACAGGGGCUCAGGUGGGCAAACUGCCCUGCUUAGAAAUCUCACAGAGCGUCACCGGAUUUGGAAGGCAAAUGAUCGAACGAACUAAACAGCUCGUCGAGUCCAAAUACACCAUUUCUAAUGGUUAUCAAGCUGAUGCCAAGGUGAUUUACGGAGACACAGACUCCGUCAUGGUCAAGCUCGGAGUCGCAACGGUCAAGGAGGCCAUGGAAAUCGGGAGGGAAGCGGCUGAGUGGGUCUCCUCCCACUUUACACCCCCCAUCAAACUGGAGUUUGAGAAGGUUUACUACCCGUACCUGCUGAUCAAUAAGAAGCGCUACGCAGGACUCUAUUUCUCCUCAAGCGCGGACACGCAUGACAAGAUGGACUGCAAAGGCAUCGAGACGGUCCGCAGAGACAACUGUCCUCUGGUGGCCAACCUAAUCAACACCUGUCUGCAGAAGAUCCUGAUCGACAGAGACCCUCAAGGUGCUGUUGAUCAUGCCAAAGAAGUCAUUUCUGACCUGCUCUGCAAUCGUAUUGACAUCAGCCAGCUGGUCAUCACCAAAGAGCUGACGCGCACGGCUCAGGAGUACGCCGGCAAACAAGCCCACGUGGAGCUGGCAGAAAGAAUGAGGAAAAGAGACGCAGGCAGCGCGCCAAACCUGGGAGAUCGAGUGCCGUACGUCAUCAUCAAAGCCGCGAAAGGCGCCGCAGCAUACAUGAAGUCAGAGGACCCGAUCUACGUGCUUGAGAACACUAUUCCCAUCGACACACAGUACUACCUGGAACAGCAGCUGUCCAAACCGCUACUGAGAAUAUUUGAGCCCAUCCUCGGGGAGAGCAAGGCAGAGAGCGUCCUGCUAAAGGGUGAUCACACACGAUGCAAAACUGUGCUGACCUCAAAGGUUGGAGGUCUCAUGGCGUUUGCGCAGAAGAGAAGCACCUGCAUCGGCUGCAAGGCUGUACUGAAGACGGACGAGGCUGUGUGUGAUUUCUGCAAAAAGAAAGAGUCUGAACUGUACCAGAAAGAGAUCUUCCACCUGAACACACUGGAGGAGCGCUUCUCCCGCCUGUGGACUCAGUGCCAGCGCUGUCAGGGUUCCCUCCAUGAGGAUGUGCUCUGCACCAGCCGGGACUGUCCAAUAUUCUACAUGAGGAAAAAGGUCCAGAAAGAUCUGGACGAUCAAAGCAAGCUGGUGUCUCGCUUUGGAUGGUGAGGGAGGAACCAAGCCAGGCCUCGUUUCUGAUGCUGUUUUUGUUACCUGUUAUGAAUGCAGAUCGACUAUUUUAUGUUUUCUAAGAUUCAUAGUGGUUUCUUUUGUACAAUAAACUGUUUUUUUGGAUUCUGUU